UGGUGCAACUCUGACCUAGACCAGCUAGGUCAUAGACUCAUAACCCAAGUCUGAUACUGCCUACAGUUGAAUGUCAAUUGCGCUCAGAAUCAAAAUCCAAGACGCUUGAUCCCAGUCCUUUCUGUUCAACAUCACAGCACUUGGAGCAGUAAGGUAAGAUGAAUUAGUGGUACUGUACGUAAUUCUGUAGGUAGGAAAAUCACGAUCCCAACAUCAAAAGAUUUCUUUGCCUCCAAAAGUUCAUUCCCAGCACACAACCCCACCAUCACAACCAAAUGGCCUCUUCGGCGCCAGCAGCGGAGACCAAUGGUGUCUCUGAUACCAGCAAGAAGGAAGGCCUUCCGUCCUCAGUCACAGAUGCUGUCCUCGUCCAUGGAGAAAUGCCUGCGGGCUCCCAAAAAGUCGAAGAGCUCGACUUUAAUAAUCUCGCAGGUCGGCCCAUUACCGUGGACGAACUGAUAAGUCCUAUGAGUAAUAUGGGCUUCCAAGCCAGUGCGAUUGGGGACGCUGUGCGGAUAAUCCAUGACAUGGUGAGGGUUUUCGCUUUGUGCCCCUCCAUUACCCCUCCAUGUCCGCAAGUCGCAAAUCGCAAGUCGCAAUACAUAACACAACUAACAUCCCCAGCGAGCAUGGCGCGACCCCGAAUCUGGCGAAAAGACCACCAUAUUCCUCGGAUACACCUCGAAUCUCAUCUCCUCCGGUCUACGAGGCACAUUUCGUUUCCUCGCCGAACACUCCUACGUAUCCGCCAUCGUCACGACCGCGGGAGGAAUUGAAGAGGACCUAAUAAAAUGUCUGGGCGACACAUACAUGGGCGCAUUCAGCACGCCCGGCGCCUCUCUGCGCUCCAAAGGUUUGAAUCGCAUCGGAAACCUGAUCGUGCCCAAUUCAAACUACUGCAAAUUCGAAGACUGGGUAAUGCCCAUUCUCGACAAACUGCUGGAUGAACAAGAAGCCUCAGCUGCCGACCCCAACGUUCCCUCAGACGAGAAAUUAGUCUGGACACCGAGUAAGAUCAUCCAUCGACUCGGUUUGAAAAUUAACGACGAACGCUCGGUUUUAUACUGGGCUGCCAAGAAUGAUAUCCCUAUUUUCUGUCCGGCGCUCACGGAUGGGAGUUUGGGGGAUAUGUUGUACUUUCAUAGUUUCAAGGCGUCGCCGAGACGCCUGAUUAUGGAUACGAUUGAGGAUGUGAGGAAGAUUAAUACUAUGGCUGUUCGUGCGAAGAGAGCGGGGAUGAUCAUACUGGGUGGAGGCGUGAUUAAACAUCACAUUGCGAAUGCGUGUUUGAUGAGGAACGGGGCCGAGAGUGCGGUCUAUAUUAACACGGCGCAGGAAUUUGAUGGCAGUGAUGCUGGAGCAAGACCAGAUGAGGCUGUGAGUUGGGGAAAGAUUAAGGCUGGGGCGGAUAGUGUUAAAGUUAGUUGUUCUCGUUUUGUUAUCUCUCUUGUUUUUAUUCCUUUUUUGCUUCUUGUUCUCUUCUGUCGAGUCAAGUCAUUUGGGAAGAUUAUGUUAGCUGACAAGUACACAGGUAUACCUAGAAGCCACCGCCUGUUUCCCCCUCAUAGUCGCCGCCACCUUCGCCAAAGAUCCAAUAACACCUAGAAACUAAGAUGUGGGGCACCAUCUCAGGAUAAGUUAUAUCAAAAUAAGAAACCGCAAACGACAGGAUGUUAUUGCCACAGUUCUUGGGUGAUAUGAGUCAUAAAUGGAAGGAGCAAAAGAUUUAGCACCAAAGAUUUAAAUGUUCCGAAGAUAUUGGUACCAGGAGAUAUGAACACCAAGGGCGGUUGAAUACUUUGUGUCUGCAUGCUGUAGCUCUACACCACAUACUAUCGUAUCGAGAAUAACAAUGCCA